UAGUACCGUUGCACAACACACGCCGACAGCAGUGUAGCUAGACGCCCGGCCAAAAGGAACAAAGAUGGACGAGUGGAACUCGGCCGUGGCGGGCGGCGACGCGGAGAAGCUCUCCGACCUCGUGCUGUCAUCGGCUGGUUCAAGCACCGAGGCCGCCCUGUCGAUCCUCAAGAGCUGCGUGACUAUCCUCGAGAAGAAGCAAGCGGCGGCGACAGGGACAACGCCCGCCAACGGGGGACCCGCAGACGGCAGCCCAAAAUCCGACGUCACCGGUACUACCACCACUACUUCCGACAGCAACGGCAGCGCCCCUUCUUCCCCCCCCCUCCUCACCCUGGAGAAUGUCCAGCUCUUGCAACCACGGGGCCGCUUCGAUCUGGUUUUCCGCGAAAGCGGCGUCAUCAUCGCGGGAAAGGCGGGGGACGCGGUCGUCGCUUGGGACAACGUGCGGCACAUCAUCAGGUUACCACGACCAGAGGGCUUCAACUGGGGGAAGGUUCUGGACCCCGAUGACCCCGCAGGCAGUGACCUGAUCGCUCUGCCCCUCAAGAAGCCGGUGCCCUUCCGCAAGAGCAAGGUCGCUCUUCUCCUCAAGGAGCUGAUGCCCUUCGGCAAGAGCAAGAUGUCACUGGUUCUUCUUCAGCCGGACCCUAAGGCGAAGCACUCGGAGGUUUCCAUAUCCGUGGAUGGCACUUCUCACCAGGUGUCUGGGUCUCAGGGCACGCUGGUGAUGUCGGCCCUCAAGCUUCUCUCGGGAGUGCGGCAAGUUGCUCCCGACCGCGGGCUGUUCGCGUCAAGAGACGGAAAGAGAUUCCAUGGGCUGUUCGACCCAAAAGCAUGCCAGCUGUGA